AUUUAGGCUCCCAAAGUUCACUGCAAGUGUCACUGAAUCAUUGAAAAAUGACACACACGCAUGUUGGCGCCCCCCAACGAAUGAAUCCACGCAUUGCAGGUGCUUGGAUCUACUGUGUGUGGGCUCUUCUAACUGAGACCUGAUACAUUUAAAAACAUUUCUGUGGGUAUUUCUCAUGGGUUAUAUUAUUAUUUCCUAGAAUGUGUCUAAUAACCUGACGGUCUGCAUUACAUGUUAAAGGAUAUGUAGAAUAUCCAGACCUUCACUAAACCCCACAGCUAAGGGGAAAAAAAAAAAAAAAAAGUAAAGUAAAAAUAUAUUGGUCAAUCAUUUUUCUUGAAUUUGUCAUUUCAAAUAAAUCUUAAAAGAGCCAUACCGUAAAUGUUAUCUUGUGGUCUGCGUAUUGCCCCAGCGUAUUGCCCCGAUGGUUUAAAAGGAAUAACGGAGUCGAGGCAAUUCAUCAGGAGACCACAAGCUAUUCGGGGGUGUGACUACAGUCACUGGGGUCUAUAUAUUGAGAUGUUUUGUCCAGUGGCUUUAUGUGAAUGAGAGAGAAGCUGCCCAGAGAAAAGUCACCGCAGCAGGACAGUGCGCUUCCUCACUUUGACACCAUAUGCUCCCAGACGCCGGAAUGGAUUCCUGUUUUCGCGCACUUUGCAUGACUUUUGUCCUGGCCUCGUUCAGCCGGAGGUCAGGUGCGGUCGGACCGGUUAUCAGAUGCGAGCCAUGUGAUGUUGGAGCGCGGCUUUUGUGCAAACCUCUGCCCAAGGACUGCGCCGAGAAAGUCCGCGAACCGGGCUGCGGCUGCUGCAUGACUUGCGCGCUGAGCUUCGGUCAGCCGUGCGGCGUGUACACCGGCAGAUGUGGCUCCGGACUGACUUGUCAGCAUCAGCCCGGUCAGACGAAACCUCUGCAGGCUCUGCUGGAGGGACGGGGGAUCUGUGCAAACGCUACAAACAAGAGAGUAGCCGUCAGACCAACACCUCCGGCCAAUGAACUGCCAGAAAAUGUUGACACUCAGGACGAAGAGCGGAAUUCCACCGGCUCAGGCCUUCAGAUCUUGUACAGCACCCACAGACCCAUGGCACCCCUGAGACCUCCGCUUCACCCUUUCUUCUCCUCUGCCAAGUCAGAAGUCCUGAGACGGGAGCAGCAGAAGAGAACCCAGAGCUUUAAAAUGGAGGAGCUCCCGGGACCACUCAUCACAGACCAACAAAACUUCUCUCUAGAAACCAAACAGGAGCCUGAGUAUGGUCCCUGUCGGAGAGAGAUUGAGAGCAUUCUCAGCAGCCUCAAGAUUACAGACAUUCUCAACCCCAGAGGUUUCCGCAUACCAAACUGUGACAAGAAGGGCUUCUAUAAGAAAAAGCAGUGCCGUCCAUCCAAAGGCAGAAAGCGUGGCUUCUGUUGGUGUGUGGACAAAUACGGGCAGCCUUUGCCAGGUUUUGAUGGGAAGGAGCGAGGAGACGCCCAGUACUACAACUCCGAGAGCCAAUAGGAGCGGAGCAGGACG